CGUUUGCAAACACAUCCAAAGACUUUGUCUUCAUUCUUAUGCUCUUUGAUUUUACUUUAGAGCAAAUUUAAUUAUUAUUGAUUCCCAUUGUUCAAGCUGAAUUUACUUCAAUUACAGAAACCCAAAUUCAGGGAGUUGCACGGUUAUUGGUAAUGGAAAUAUAUAAACUGAGAAUUCAAGUCAAUCUUUGAAAAACAGAGCAAAGAAAACCACUAGGAAGCCUUUUUUUAAAAAUCUUUUUCAUUUGAUGGUUGAAUCUUUUUAUCAUCCUUUCGUGUUUUGUGUUCUGCAAAAAAGGGGUAUCUUUUCUUGUUUCUGUGUCUGGUUAUGCUCCGACGAGGAGAACAUAAGUGAAGUGUAAAAGGGUUUUUCAGAGAUGGGUAUUUGCUGGGGUUCUUCAGCCGAUAGUCCGACACCGAGCACUACCGGUCGUAUCAGUUCAGUGAUAUCUCAGACAACGAGCAACGCAGCAUCAUCAUCUGCUGCUGUUUCGAGGGGGAGUAGAUUCUCUGCUUCGAGUGGCGAUGAGGCUUUUCCAAAUGGGCAGAUCUUGCCCACACCUGAUCUAAGGACCUGCAGUUUUGCAGAAUUGAAGGCUGCAACCAAGAAUUUUAGGCCCGAAAUGCUGCUAGGCGAAGGCGGUUUCGGUAAAGUCUACAAAGGUUGGCUCGAUGAGAAAACACCGGGGAAGAUCGGUAGCGGAACGCUCGUCGCCGUUAAAAAACUCAACUCCGAGAGCUUGCAAGGAUACGAGGAAUGGCAGGCGGAGAUAAAUUUCCUAGGAAGAUUGUCUCAUCCCCACCUUGUAAGGCUGAUAGGAUACUGCUUGGAGGAUAACGAGCUUCUUCUGGUUUACGAGUUUAUGCAGAGGGGCAGCUUAGAAAACCAUCUAUUUGGAAGAGGUUCGACUGUUCAAUCACUUGAUUGGAACACACGGCUUAAGAUUGCAAUAGGAGCAGCAAAGGGCCUGUCGUUCUUGCACGCUUCGGACAAGCAAGUAAUUUACAGAGACUUCAAAGCAUCCAACAUACUGCUUGAUGGGGUGUAUACGGCUAAAAUAUCGGAUUUCGGAUUGGCCAAAUUGGGUCCUUCAGCAAGCCAAUCGCAUGUAACGACCCGGGUCAUGGGAACAUCUGGUUAUGCAGCUCCGGAAUAUGUUGCCACAGGGCAUUUGUAUGUCAAGAGCGAUGUGUACGCUUUCGGUGUUGUUUUAGCCGAAAUACUGACCGGCUUACGAGCACUCGAUCUGAACCGUCCGAGUGGACAACAUAAUCUUGUGGACUGGAUAAAACCGCAUUUAUCCGAUAGAAGGAAAUUGAAGAGAAUAAUGGACCAACGAUUGGAAGGAAAAUAUCCCUCUAAAGCUGCAUAUCGAAUAGCUCAACUCUCUUUAAAAUGCCUUGAAUCCGAGCAAAAGAAUCGUCCGUCGAUGAAAGAAGUCGUGGAGGCUUUGGAAAAGAUCGAGUCAGCCAUCGAAAGGCCAACGGAGUCAAGAAACCGUUCCGAUCGUCACACGGCUCAUAGACACAGCCAGCAGCCACGGCGCCACCGUUCUCUACUCGCUCCGAAGCAGGAAGCCGGUGUGGUUAUCAGACCACACCACGGGUGAGGUUAGUCGGCACGUCGGUCCAAUUUGUUGCACACAAUUCCAAUUUCUUU